AUGAGAGAGCUGUGGUCUGUAGAUGGGUACAUUUUAUUCUGCCGCUCCUGUAUUGCGACCAGUCUCAAGAACAAUAAGUGGACCUGUCCCUACUGCCGGGCCUAUCUCCCUUCAGAAGGUGUUCCCGCAACCGACGUAGCCAAAAGAAUGAAAUCAGAGUUCCAGAACUGCACCGAGUGUGACGCCCUGGUUUGCCUCAGUGAAAUGAGGGCACAUAUAAGGACUUGCCAGAAGUACAUAGAUAAAUAUGGACCGCUACAGGAACUUGGAGAGACAGCCACCAGGUGUAUAUGUCCGUUCUGUCAGAGGGAAUUGGAUGAAGACUGCCUGCUGGACCACUGUAUCAGUCAUCACAGAUCGGAAAGGAGACCUGUUUUCUGUCCACUCUGCCGUUUAAUACCGAACGAGAAUCCAAGCAGUUUCAAUGGCAGUUUAAUACGACAUUUGCAAGUUAGUCACACUUUGUUUUAUGAUGAUUUCAUAGAUUUUAAUAUUAUUGAGGAAGCUCUUAUCCGAAGAGUCUUAGACCGGUCACUUCUUGAAUAUGUGAAUCACUCCAACACCACGUAAUUUUAUUAAAAGGAAGGAGGAAGGGCCCGUUCAACUGCACCAUUUAAGAUGCUGCUUGAAAAUUGGAGGGAAAUUGUCAAUGUUUGAUGGGCAAAAAUGUGCCACACAGUUGUAUAUUUGUCUGUGUUUAUUGCUAUCGUGCUUUUGAAAACUGCUUUCAUUUUGAUGGUUUUGCAUUCUUGAUUCUUAGCUACUUAACAACAAAAAAUAGUCUACACCAGUCACUAAUAUGUGAAAGAAACACAGGCAAGGUAUAUGAGUGAAGGAUAUAUCUAUUUGCAAAUUGGAUGACACUGCAUGUAGUGCCACAUACUAUUAAUAACUACCAUUGUGUUUAGGCACAAUAACUAAUCUUUAUUCUACAUAAAAAGAUGGAGAGUGAAAUGUAGUGCGGACAUUCAAGGAAAUAUGAAAUCAGUUCCAGUGCUCUUGUUCUAAUCUCUUAAUAGAAUAACAUGAAUAAUCUUAUAUGGGAGUCGGAAAGAAAAAUCUUGGAAGUCAACCAAGUCCAUUUAACCAAACUGUAUUAUAUAAUACUGUAACAAAAUUUUGUGUUAGAAAAGUAUACUGAAUUCUUUGACUUUCUAUAACUAUGCACACCUAAGAAUUUAAUAUUAUAUUUUUCAAAUGUUUGUAGUUUAUGAUUUAGAAAUAUUUCUAUAAUAUAGGCAAUUUCUUAAGAACCAUUAGCUGAUAUUUACAGUAGAAAUAUUCAUAUCCAUGAUAUUUAGUGGAAAACUUUAAGGGUUUUGUUAUCUUUUAAAUGGUAAUCUUUAAAAUUUUUUUUUUUUUUUAGAGAUGAGUUCUCA